AUGCUGCAGGAGGGUAGCACUUGGCUUCAAAAAGAGUUUCAAAAGAUUUUUGUUGAAGGUUUCGUCCUGGAUGAUCCUGGAUGGCUGUCAGAUGGAGAAGGUCUGCAGUUGAAAGGAAGUGUUGGCACAUGCAAGGAUCUAGUGCGCCAAGCUGCUUGCGACUUUCUCAAUCGCCCCGGUCUGCCAGUCUUGCGCGAGCUUGACAUGCACGCCUACGUCGUGCUGUCUUUGAGACCCUUGGAGCAUAGCUUGGACACCUUGAAGCCCUUUAACCUGAGACCCAAUGCAUCUCAGUGCAUCCCGGUCCCUGUGCCGCAUCGGCCAGGAAACUACAACCGUGGAGCACCACUGGUGCCACACAAGGGUGUCGGAAACGAUGUGGUGACCAUCACAUUUGGCCAGGAUUCAGGGCUCUCUUCUUGGACACGCUUCCAGUCCGAGAGUCGGCAGUUCCGCUUCGCACAGUACAUGCAUGUCUUCAUGGAAAAGCUCGGGCACCCCCUGAAAUUUUACGAAACCUUGGAUGGCAGGGUGCUGGUGCCCUACCAGUGUGUGGUCUCCCGUCAGGAAUGGGAGAAACUGAGAGAUGUCUUUGCUCCAGCCUUUGGUAAGCAGAAGGCCGCUUAUCGCCGGGCCAAUGAAGGGGCCUCUGCGCCAAGUUGGACGGACUCGAUUCGACCCCAUUUCUUGUCCACGCGGCCGGAGUGGCUUCUACCUCCGUCAGAUGCGGUGACGACCAAUGACAACGCCGAGAGCGAUGCCACGAAACUCGUGGUCCGAAACACCUUCCUGGAGCUGCAGGAGGCUGUAAAACAAGCAGCUGAAGUUGGAAAGGCAAAAGCAUCGGCGCAAGGUCAUGGCCGCAGUAAGGUGGGAUCGCUGAGUUUCCAACCCCACGCCUGUGCAGCGCGUGUUCGAGUGCGUUUCAUUUCGCUCCGCACGCUAGAGGCUGAUGCAGUAGCCUGUAGCGCCCAUGUGCCCAGCUUAGUCACGCAAGGA